AACUAAAGUUUUCGUCUCGAGUAAUUUCUGUGUAUGUGUGUUUUGGAAGAGAAGGGCUCGUGUUUGAUUGGUCCAACCAGUCACAAGAUGAUGGUAAGGAAGAAAAAAAAUAUUGUUGGCGUUUCUACCAUUCAGAACAGCAGCUGCAGCUUCAGGGAUUUUUAGUUGUAACUCUACGACAAUGAGUGAAUCACUGGUGGUGUGUGAUGUGGACGAGGAGCUGGUUAAAAUGGUGAAGAAGUUCCGCUUGCGGAAGGAGACCAAUAACGCGGCCAUCGUCAUGAAGAUUGAUAAAGAGAAGCAGCUGGUUAUUCUUGAAAAGGAGCAUUCGGAUAUUUCUCUUGACGACCUGAGUGACAUACUGCCCGAGAGACAGCCCAGGUUUAUCGUCUACAGUUACAAAUACGUCCACGACGACGGGCGCAUCUCCUACCCGCUCUGCUUCAUCUUCUCCAGCCCCGUGGGCUGCAAACCGGAGCAGCAGAUGAUGUACGCGGGAAGCAAAAACCAGCUGGUGACGACUGUCGGAAUGUCCAAGGUGUUUGAGAUCAGAAACACGGAGGACCUGACGGAGGAAUGGCUGAAAGAGAAACUCGUGAUCUUCGGCUAAAGUAAUCUCGUCCGGUGGUCUGGGAUGUGAGGAGGAUCCCGAUUGCACAACCUCUUAGGGGAAGAACACACACACACACACACCACAGUUAAUGUUUCCCUCCUCUCUGUACCAGACUGGAUUUAGAUAUUGUUUGAAAUACCUUCUGUGCUCAGUUUUAGGCCUCUUUGGUGAAAACCCAGUUUGAGGCGGGUCUGCUGUCGUCUCCCUUGAAAACCAAUCAGCGUGCCAGUGUUGUGUCUGUAGUGAAGUAACACUCCGACAGCUCUUCAAGAAGACAGACAUCCAUUGGUGUCAUCCACCCUUCCUCAGCAUGUUCGUCGGGGAGAAUUUAAAGACAUUGACACAAUAGUUUACACUUCUUUAGUUUAACCUUUUUUAUGUUUAAAAAAAAAAAAAGAUCUUAAUUUGAGGGACUCUUUUUGUUUUUAUUCCUGGUGUAUGUAGGGUCGUGUGAGCAUAUACUUUUUAUAGCAGUCAUUUUCUUUUGUGGUGAAAAAUAAACAACCGUAGUUGCAACUCGGAGAACAAUACAGAGUGCAGCUUUAGUCAAGUCUUCCCUUUGGUUUUAAUUUACUAGCAUAUGAUUUAAGGUAAAUAAAACCCUGUAAUCACUCCAGUCCACAGAGGAGAAUAACACAAAGACCUCAGGCCUCUAUGAGAUGUGUUGUUCCUUCUGCUGUGCACAAUACAAGCUGGCAGAUGUUCCCGCCGGUCCAUCCUCAGAUCUCCAUCUGUUGAGAGAAAUCAGGGUGACUUAUGGGUAAAGCUGCAUUCUGCCUUUUUUGGGCAUUUGUCACAAUGAGAUUCCACUCCUAGAAAUGAUAUUUCCACAGAAACAUUCCAGACAGAGCAAUUUAUUAUGACUUGCAACAAACGACUGUCUUGAAAACACUUCUCACUUUUUAAUCUACCGGGCAUCUCUGUUUAAGUGGGUCACCUGUUGGCUAAUAUUGUGCAUCGCAUUGCUGUUAUUAGCGAUUAUGAAUGCUGUGCUUCAGUCUGAUUGCUUAUUGCUGGUCGCAGCGUGACAAUAUUGGCUGUGACGUCUCCAUAAAUGCCAGUUGUGCUUAACAUUCAGACUUGAUAGGUACUGUACAUUUCCAUCUUCCAUACACAACAGUGUAGCUUGUUGAAGGCUGAUAUUGAUAUUUGCAUAUUGAAUGCGUUAGCAGAACAUAAUAACUAUUUAUACAAUUACAUUUCAAGUUUGCAAUGAAGCACAGACUGAAGUUAACGUGACAAUUUUUUUGUUGCUUUUUUACAUUUCAAAUCCAAUGUGUUGGAGUGCAGAGAUAAAACAGCGGCAUGUGUCACAUACACACGUGUUUUAUGGGUAUUUGGCUAUUUUUCACGCCCCAAAGUACCAGGUCUUCCAUGUUGUCCAUGCUGAUCCUCAACAACAGCAUUUAAACCAAUCGAACGCUCUAAAACGUCAAACCAGUUUCUGAGACUUUAAGGAUUAGUGGCGACCAGCCUCGGAUACUUAAAGCUACACAAACAUGCACUUAAAAAACUGCAAAGAAAUGAUUGUAUUGCUGGCGCUGCAUGCUGUUUUUGUUGUGCGCGCUGAGAGAGAAACUUCCAUUUCCUUGAUCUGAUCCUCAAUAAAAGCUUAAUAUCA